UACACAUGUUAGGCUAAUCCACUCACCUAGUAACCUUCCACACAAAGCCAAGAAAUUUUCCACUUCGAUAUACCAUAUUCUCAAUUUUAGAAAAUCAUCUAACCAACUCUUACAUACUCAUAAUUCAUGCAUUUUGCAUAUUGCCAUGAACUUCUAAAUCACAAUUCACCAUCAUUAUAUUGUGCUUCAUUCUUCCAUAUCAUCAACCUUAAUACAAAGGAGAAAAAAACAAAAAAUAGAGUCACGUAAACAAUGUCAAGUUUUGAUCCUUACGCACACGUCGGCUUGAGUUUCAACCCGGACGGAAGCCUCUACCGUGGUUUCCACAAACUCCAAACCAACGUGAACCCCGAGCCUAUGCCCGGGAUUUCAACAGUGUCCAAAGACAUAACCAUUGACGAUGAAAAUAAUUUAUGGAUUCGUAUAUUCAGACCAACAAAGCUUCCAUCGAACGAUAACGAGGUGGCGCGUAUACCGAUAAUAAUAUAUUUUCAUAGUGGUGGUUGGAUAAUUUUUCGCCCUUCCGAUGCAGACAUCCAUAAAAAAUGUUCCAACAUAUCUUCUGACAUCCCUAGUAUUGUUGUCUCUGUCGCGUAUCGUCACGCGCCAGAGAGUAGGCUUCCCGCACAAUAUCAAGAUGCCCAGAAAGCUAUGUUGUGGGUGAAAAAUCAAGUUACGGUUGAUAACGGCGAGCAGUGGUUGCGAGACUAUGGCGAUCCUUCGAGAUGCUAUCUUUACGGAUGUGGUGCUGGUGGGAACAUUGUGUUUAAUACAGCCAUGCAUAUUCAUGAGAUUGACGUGGAGCCUCUCAUGAUUUGUGGCAUUGUUAUGAACCAACCUAUGUUUUCUGGAGAGAAAAGGACACCCUCAGAAUUAAGGUUUGCCACGGAUCAGACACUGCCCUUACCAGUGUUAGACAUGAUGUGGGAUUUGGCUUUGCCUAAAGAGACAGAUCGUGACCAUAGGUAUUGCAAUCCUAUGGUGAAAGGGCCACAUUUGGAAAAUGUGAAGAAAAUGGGAAAGUGUCUUGUUAUUGGUUAUGGUGGAGACAUCAUGCUUGAUCGGCAACAAGAGUUUGUGACUAUGUUAGUCAGAUGUGGGGUACAGGUUGAAGCUCGGUUUGAUCCUGUUGGGUUCCACAAUAUUGAUAUGGUGGAUCCUGCUAGGGCUAGUGCGGUUAUGAGUAUUGUUAAGGAGUUUAUACUUUGAAUUUUUGUCAUUAGUUUAAUUAAAUGGAAUUGAACCCUUAAAAUUAUGUAUGUAUACACUUUUUUUAUUAUCAAAUGUAAAUGUAAGUUUGGUGGAUUUCUAAUAGAAUUGAUUACUUUCAAA